AUGUCUACCGCGUCUUCCAGACCCACGAUCAGCGGGAGCGGGACUGAGAGAAGCGUGUCCUUGUACCAACUGAGUAGGCUAAAGACGAAACUUGGAGAGAAUGACUGGACCGGUCCUCCUUUCAAUGUGAUUUAUGCGGGAAUUGCGGCUCGGUUUAGCCGCCUGCUUGGAACGACUAUCGCGAUUGCUGUGCGUGAUUCCUCGUACUUGCUCGACUUCGCUCAGUACACCUAUUCUAUGAGCAAUCAAAGCGAUGAUAAGGCAGGAAUCACCCAGUUUAUUAUAGAGAAGGUGAGGGAUUAUCAGGGAGAGCAUGGCGAGAAGCUGAUAGGCUUGGCCAUGCCAUCCGACCUGGCAGAACGGUGCCCGGAUCUGUGCUCACGCCUGUGGUCCGAACUGGAUAUCAUCCCUAUCGUGCUCCGCAAGUCGGAGGAGAAGGUGAGCUGGGGUAUGUUUGAAGAACACUUACCACAGAGACCAUUGGAUGAACACACCGAGUCUAUUGCGAGAAAAUGCAUCCGAUUCUUUGGCCCCGCCCAUGCUCCGGUCCCCGAAAUUGGUGUCCGAGGCCUCGUUGAGGUAGAUGCUGCCUUCCACGUGCGGAUUACGACUCUUGCAGACUAUGAGAAAACCGUAGGAACUGCUACCUGGGCAGCAAUAGAAAAGUACGCGAGUGACCUGCAGAAACGGAGGGUAAAGAUCGCCUUCUUCAGCGCUACUCCACAAGGUGGUGGUGUCGCUCUGAUGCGCCACGCAAUGGUCCGUUUCGCAAAUGCACUCGGGGUCGACCUUAGAUGGUAUGUCCCCAAGCCAAGACAUGGCAUUUUCCGAAUCACGAAGAACAACCAUAAUAUACUGCAGGGGGUCGCAGCCCCUGGCGUCCGGUUCACCGCCGCAGACAAGGAUUUACUUCGGGAUUGGGUGAUUGACAAUGCGGAACGUUGCUGGUUCAAGGGAACGCCUUUUCCUCCGUGGUUUCAACAGAUUGCCCCUCACCUCUAUACAUGGGUCAGUCGGCAUGGCCCGCCCCCACCGGACUGGUUUCAAAAGAACGGCCCGCUAGUACCACCCUGGGAGGGGGGUGCCGAUGUCGUAGUCAUCGACGACCCCCAAAUGCCAUGGCUCAUCCCACUUAUCAAGGCUCACAGCCCACAGCGGCCUGUCAUUUACCGCAGUCAUAUCCAGAUACGAAGCGACCUAGUCGACACACCCGGCACUGCCCAGGCAGAGGCUUGGGGACUCAUGUGGGACGCGAUCAAAGAAGCAGACAUCUUCGUGAGCCAUCCUGUUUCUGCGUUUGUUCCGCGGAUUGUACCCAGGCAGAAGCUUGGCUUCCGACUGACAACUGUGCUAGAGGAUUAUAUAGUCCAGAUCGCCCGGUUCGAUCCGUCAAAAGGGAUUCAAGAUGUUCUUAUAUCGUACGAAAAAUUUCAUACGCAUCUGGCCGCAUGCUGUCCUGAUCUGAAACCCCCUAAACUGCUCGUCUGCGGCCAUGGGUCAGUAGAUGACCCCGACGGCUCGGUUGUCUACGACGCUACCCUUGAUUUCAUCGCGCGACAUCUGGCGCACAUCCGGUCUAUGAUAUGUGUCAUGCGCAUUGGCCCCAAUGAUCAAAUGCUUAAUUCUCUCUUGUCCAGAGCAAAGAUUGCCAUGCAACUUUCCACAAGGGAGGGGUUUGAGGUGAAAGUGUCAGAAGCACUGCAUAUGGGAAAGCCAGUGAUCGCGACUCUCGCCGGUGGUAUUCUGCUUCAGAUCCAGCACGGUAAAAGCGGAUUUCUCGUGAAACCUGGAGAUACAGACGCAGUGAGUCAAUAUCUGUUCGCGCUAUAUACUGACCAUGAGAUGUAUGAUCGUAUGAGUCAGUGUGCGGCGAACAGCGUAAGUGACGAGGUAAGCACCGUCGGUAACAGCCUCUCAUGGCUUUAUCUGGCGUCCAAGUUGUCACAGGGCGAGCACAUCCAGCCUGGUGGGCGCUGGAUAAAUGACAUGGCUCGCGAGGAUGCAGGUGAGCCAUAUGCCCCUGAGGAGCAGAGGCUCAAGCGAACGGUAGCAGGUUGCGAAGGGUCGUGA